GUAAUUCCAGCAAGUUAUACUUUCAUGCGAUCAAACACCUAGCUUUCAAUUCCUGGCGUUUUGAAGGUGAUGAAAGAAUAAACAGUCCACUCUUUAUGUAUACAAUAACUCACCUAAUUAAGUACACAAGGUGUUCUUCUACGUUAGAACGGUUUCUUCUGUAAAUAAAUGCAAAAAUAAUAACAAGAUUUGUGUAACAUUCAACAGCUCCCUAUAAAUUCAUGCACCAAUUUGGCAAAGAUGAAUAUCAAAGAACAAGAACUUUGAAGAAUACCUGCAAUGGCACGAGCUAAUUACCUCAUUGUUGCUCUCUCACUCCACGUAACCUGGCUGCUAUUUCUUAGCAAACCAUGCAUCGCUUUGACACCUGAAACUUCUCCAUCUUUUCCUGCCAUUCUCAUAUUUGGUGAUUCUACGGUCGACACCGGAAAUAACAACUUCAUCCCCACUAUUUUCAAGGCUAAUUACUCUCCAUACGGCAAAGAUUUUCCUGGCCAUGUUGCUACUGGAAGGUUCAGUGAUGGGAAACUCAUUCCUGACAUGGUGGCAUCUAAGUUGGGGAUAAAGGAGCUUGUUCCUCCAUUUCUGGAUCCUGAACUGUCGGAUGAUGAUGUGAAAACAGGGGUCAGUUUUGCAUCCGCCGGCACAGGACUCGAUGAUCGAACAGCCGCUAUAUCUACAGUCAUUCCUGCGAUGAAACAAAUUGGUAUGUUCAAGAACUACAUUCAAAGGCUUCAAAGAAUUGUGGGUGUGGAUGAAAGUAAGAGGAUUAUUGGCAGUGCUUUGGCUGUCAUUAGUGUAGGAACCAAUGACUUAACCUUCAAUUUCUACGACCUUCCAACCAGGCAGUUGCAAUUCAAUAUUAGUGAUUACCAAGAUUUUCUACAGAAUAGACUACAAAGCUUGAUCAAGGAAAUUUACCAGCUUGGAUGUCGCACUAUAGUGGUCGCUGGCCUCCCUCCAAUUGGUUGUCUUCCAAUUCAAGAGACCAUAUCAUUCCCAAUUCCUCUAAAUCGAAAAUGUUUGGAAGAUCAAAAUACAGAUUCCGAAGCCUACAAUCAGAAGCUUUCAAAGCUGUUGGGCAAUUUACAAUCACAGCUACUAGGAAGCACAAUUUUGUAUGCUGACAUUUACACUCCUCUCGUGGACAUGAUUAAUAAUCCCCAAAAAUAUGGUAAGCCGGUAUAAAUAAUUAAGGGAAAUCAAGUUAUGAACAAAAAAAUC